UCGCACUUCACUCUCUUAACUUAUAAAAAAACUAUCUCUUCUCUUUGCACUAUCUCAUGGCAUCUAUUUACCAUUCUGCCAUUCUCUCUCUUUUCCUCUUCUUCUUCUGUUCUAUCUCCCCCACGCUUUCUGCUUUAGUUCAAGAACAACCUCUUGUUUUAAAAUACCACAACGGCCUUCUUCUCAAAGGUAACGUCACCGUUAAUCUCAUCUGGUACGGUAAGUUUACUCCCAUACAACGCUCCAUAAUCGUCGAUUUUAUCCAUUCCUUGAACUCCAACCGGGCUCCACAGCCCUCCGCCUCAUCCUGGUGGAAAACCACUGAAAAGUACAAAGGAGGUUCAUCUAACCUCGUUGUGCAGCAUCAAAUCCUCCUCGAAAACUACUCCCUCGGCAAGUCCCUCAAGACUUCCCAUUUAAUGGCUUUAGCUAAGAAAGUAAGUAACACGCUUACUUCCACCAUUAAUGUCGUUUUAACGGCCAAGGACGUUGCCGUUGAUGGGUUCUGUAUGAGGUGCGGCAGCCACGGGACUAAUAAGUCGGCGGGCCGUGGAUCAGACCGAGGAACUUAUGUGUGGGUAGGCAACUCCGAGACUCAGUGCCCGGGCCAAUGUGCGUGGCCCUUCCACCAGCCCAUUUACGGCCCGCAAACCCCACCGUUAGUGGCUCCUAACGGCGACGUGGGAGUUGACGGCAUGAUUAUAAACUUGGCCACCCUUUUGGCUAACACCGUCACCAACCCGUUUAACAAUGGAUAUUUCCAAGGCCCAGCCAGCGCGCCACUGGAAGCCGUCUCAGCUUGCACGGGGAUAUUUGGGUCGGGUUCUUACCCGGGAUACCCGGGGCGGGUGUUGGUGGAUAAGGUAACCGGAGCGAGUUAUAACGCUCACGGGGUUAACGGGAGAAAGUACUUGCUGCCGGCUAUGUGGGACCCACAGACAUCAGCGUGUAAGAGUAUUGUGUGAGAGGCAUGAAACGUGUGAAAUUGGUGUAGACUAUGUAUAUAGAUAAAAUUUGAGGUUUUGUUUUGUUGUAAAAUAAUGUGGGAAGUGAAAAGGCAUAAUGGAAGAUCAGAUGAAAAUGAAAAUAUUAUAAUAAAUAAAGUAAAGUGGAUAAGAAUAAGUAGAGUUUUUGUUUCUAUGU